AUGAAUGCAUACGGGUCGCAUUUGCUGCCCCCGGCCAAGGAGAGUGUCCGUGCUGCUUGCAAAAAGUGUGGAUACGCUGGCCAUUUAACUUACCAGUGUCGUAAUUUCAUUAAAGUGGACCCCAAUAAAGAAAUUGUCUUGGAUGUUAGUAGUACAAGCAGUGAGACUGAUCAGGAGUAUUUGACGCCGCUUACGGAGCUCCGCGAGAAAGAGUUGGUCGAGAAGUUGAAGAAGAAACACAAGAAGAAGAAAAAAAAGUCGAAAGUGAAGAAACGGAGACAUUCGUCCGAAUCGGACAGUGAUAGUGAUAGUGACGAGAAGAGGAAGAAGAAGAAACACAAGAAGAAGGCCAAGAAGAAAAAGCGGCAUUCGGAGUCCGAGUCGGACUCGGACUCUUGAUAAAUUGUGUAUAAUUGUGGUUUUUUUGCAAUAAAAUUAUAAUUUAUACAACUAAA